AUGGAGCUCAACAAGAUCGAAAAGAUGUUCAAGAAAGCGGGGCACAUCUGCAUAUUCUUGGCGAAGUAUCACCCAGAGCUCAACGCCAUCGAGCGGUACUGGGGAUACGUCAAGCACCUCCUUCGCCUCUCCUGCGAGUACUCUCUCCCGCAUAUGCUUGAGAUUCUGCCAGGCGCCUUGAGUGGCGUCCCGCUGGGGUUUGUUCGCGGGUGGAGCAGGGUGACGUGGCUGUAUCUCGAGGCCUACGACGAGGGAUUGGUGGACUACCUCGAGGUCCGCGACCUCAAGAAGUGGUUGAGCCACCGUUCCCCCACGGAGAGGGGUGACUCCGUGGUUCUGGCGAGGGCAGGGGCAGGGAAGACGGAGGAGGAGAAGAAGAAAGCAGAGGAGAAGGCGCUAGCAGCCGCGCAGGAGCUGCGUACUGAGUCGAUUAAGAGGGCGAAAAAGAAUUUCAAAUCGUUCAAGCAGAAAAGGGCGCUGCUCUCGCUGUGCGAAAAGCGCGAGCUGCGCCCGCGGUCGCGGUCGCCUUUAACUUUGAAGGAAGCGUUUAGGUUGUUGGUGAGAUUCCUAGGAAAAUAA